UCAAAGAUUAUAUGCAUAUUUCGAAAUUGGAAUGCCAAAGCUUGUUGUUGUCGAAGCCUCAACGCUCACAUCUUGCAAAUAUUUUUCAUCUGUUUUGCGACUUGCGACUGCUGAUUAAAAUGAUUCGAAGGUCGCCGCAUCUUCGGACGCUGUUCAAAUGUAUCCCUCUACGCUCUCUGAUUUUUUCUUCGUCUUCAGCAUUUUCUUCUGCAACUCAUUUAACCCAGAAAGCACAGCCUUACAGAACGCCCUUCAAAUCGUCAGCAAACAUUGAUCCACUCCUCAUAAAUCGCUUGUGCAGAGAGCAGAAAUUUAAUGAAGCCGUUGAAAUCCUCUGCCAACAAAAGCGAUUAAAGGACGCGAUCAGAUUACUAGAAAACCAUGUUCACUCUCCAUUUGCCGCUAUUUAUGCGACGAUUUUGCAAUUGUGUAUUGAAAAGAGAGCUCUGGAAGAAGGCAAAAGAGUCUGUAUGCAUAUUAAAGGCUCAAAUUUUGUACCUGGAAUUUUUGUUUCAAAUAAGAUUCUUGAUUUGUACUGUAAAUGUGAGAGUAUUUUGGAUGCCCAGAAAUUGUUUGAUGAGAUGCCCGAGAAGGAUUUGUGUUCUUGGAACAUUUUGAUUUCUGGUUAUAUGAAAAUUGGAUGGGUUUUAGAAGCGAGAAAGUUGUUUGAUGAAAUGCAUGAAAGAGAUAAUUUUUCCUGGACUGCCAUGAUUUCGGGUUAUGUGAAACACAAUGAACCUGAAAAUGCGUUAAAAUUGUACAGACUAAUGCAGAUAAAUGAAAAUUGCAAGAGCAAUAAGUUUACAGUUUCUAGUAUUCUUGCAGCUUCUGCUUCAUUGAAGUCUUUGAGCCUAGGAAAGGAGAUUCAUGGUCAAAUUAUGCGUAGUGGGUUGGAUUCUGAUGCAGUGAUAUGGGGUGCUUUAUUGGAUAUGUAUGGGAAAUGUGGGAGCAUAAAUGAAGCGAAACACAUUUUUGAUAGGACGAUGGAUAGGGACAUUGUUUCAUGGACAACUAUGAUUGAUAGAUACUUUGGAGAGAGGAGAUGGGAAGAAGGACUCUCGUUGUUCUCUGAUUUAUCUAGUUCUGUGAUAAGGCCUAACGAGUUUACAUUUGCCAGUGUUCUGAAUGCCUGCACACAUCAGACAGCAGAGGAGUUGGGCAAACAGGUUCAUGGAUACAUGAUGCGAGUUGGAUUUGACCCGUAUUCAUUUGCUGCGAGUGCACUUGUUCACAUGUAUUCCAAAUGUGGUAAUGUUGAGAGUGCACUUAAAGUCUUCAAAAAUCUGCCGAGACCUGGUUUGGUUUCAUGGACUUCUUUGAUUAACGGGUAUGCUCAGAAUGGUCAACCCCAUGAAGCUCUUCGGUUGUUUGAGCUCUUACUUAAAUCAGGUACUCAGCCUGAUCACAUUACUUUUGUUGGCGUUCUUUCCGCUUGCAGCCAUGCUGGUUUAGUUGAUAAAGGCCUUGAGUAUUUCUACUCAAUAAAAGAAAAGCAUGGAUUAUCUCACACAGCGGAUCACUAUGCCUGUAUGAUUGAUAUCUUGAGUCGAGCUGGCAGAUUUAACGAAGCUGAAGACAUUAUCAAGGGAAUGCCCAUAAAACCCGAUAAGUUUUUAUGGGCUUCUUUACUUGGUGGCUGCAGAAUUCAUGGAAAUUAUGAACUUGCAAAGCAAGCAGCUGAAGCCUUGUUCAAAAUUGAGCCCGAGAAUGCUGCUACAUACGUUACCCUUGCCAAUAUCUAUGCCACAGCGGGCAAGUGGAAUGAAGUGGCAAAGAUCAGAAAAUUAAUGGAUGAGAGAGGAGUUGUAAAGGAACCUGGUAUGAGUUGGAUUGAUGUUAAGAGAAAAGUCCAUGUUUUCUUAGUUGGAGAUGAAUCACAUCCAAGAUCAAAAGAAAUAUUUGAGUUUUUGGAGGAAGUUUCAAAGAGAAUGAAGGAGGACGGUUAUGUUCCUCACACAAACUAUGUGCUGCAUGAUGUGGAAGAGGAGCAGAAGGAGCAAAAUCUCUCGUAUCAUAGCGAGAAACUUGCAGUUGCAUUUGGAAUAAUUACCACUCCUCCCGGAACUCCUAUCAAGGUCUUCAAGAAUUUAAGAACAUGCGUUGACUGUCACACUGCCAUUAAGUUCAUUUCUAAGAUUGUCGAGAGAAAAAUAAUCAUACGAGAUUCGAGUAGGUUCCACCGUUUUGAGGGUGGAAUCUGUUCAUGCCAAGAUUAUUGGUGAUUCUCAUCUCUCAUCUAUCUCUCAUUUAUCAUGAUUUUUGAUUCAAAAUGAGAAAGGAAGGUGGGUGUUUAUCUCCUCAAUUCCGUCCCUUGUUGUAUUAGCUAAGUUAGUCUCCUGGGCGAUUGUGGCAUCCGGUUGAUUGAGUAUCCUUACCGUCUAAUAUUUAGCGACAUGAAGUUUAGAAGCUUGUGAGAAUUUGUCCAAUCAUAGUUAAAUGCCAACGAAUGAUAGGUUAGCAUCCAACAACACAAACUUUGACCUGGCUUCAUUCCCAGUUUAGCCAAAUUUGAUUAGUUCAAGAAUGAGUGAAGGGUCGCGGUCAUAA